AUGACUCAUGUUUCUAUUGUGGAGAUAAAGGGCACAGAAUGCCCAAUAAGACCUCCUAAACCUGCUGUGGUCACUGAAACCAAGAAAAGGGCUACAGAUAGAAGCACUCCUCCAUACAAGGAUACAAACCACGGUACGUCUAAUCUAUAUAAAAAAAGACAUACCUACUUUUUCUCUCCCAGAUGAUUCCUUAGUAUCCUAUGAUACAGAGAAGGGAUCAGAAAAAAUGGACUAUGAUGCUCUGCCUUCAGAUGACAGUCAUUCAGAAGAUGCAGAAGAUGAAGCCAUGAGCGAAUGUCCUGAACCUAUGGUGGCUAAGGUGACUACAAUUCCCAUCAGCCGGUCCGCAGGAAAGAAUACUGCAAAACCCCGUUAUGGUGCUCCUGGACUCAUAAAAGCCAGUGAUGGUACUAUUCUGCCUAUAGAACAACUCCCCAAAUAUGAAAGAUAUCUGUCUGAAAAGAGGUUUGUGGAAGCUAAUCCCCUGGAGCUGACCUUCAAACAAAAUUCCACCUCCACUCCUGAUCAACCAGCUACCAUGGGUACAAUUAUGACUGUAUCUGAAGAACUAUCACCUAACCGUGUAAGAGCCUCAAACGGUACGAUAGUACAACGUGAAGACCUAGCCAUAUUCGAGAAAGCCCUAAAAGACAGAGAAAUAAAGAAGAAAAAACUUAGGAAAAAGAAAUAA